AUGCCUACUCAGCACCGCAUCCUUGCUCUUGUGUACAACGAGUUCGAAGCCCUCGAUCUCUUCGGCCCAUUGGGCGCCAUCGUCCCCCGCAGCGACUACUACACCCUGGCGUUAGUCAGCCUGCACAACCUAGACUCGCCACAUGGCGUUGAAACCUCCAUGAAGAACGGCAUCGGCGUGAUCCCGACCCUCUCACUGGCCGAGGCCCUCCGGGAGGAUCAGCAGUUCGACACCCUGUUCAUCCCUGGUGGGUUUGGCAUGAUGCCACUGGUAUGGGACCCAAUCCUGCUGCAGCGCAUCGGUCAGCUGGUCGACCGUGCGCCGAACGUCUUUUCCGUGUGUACGGGUUCGAUUUUGCUGGCUGCGACUGGUCGGCUGGACGGCCGGAAGGCGACAACGAACAAGCGGCUGUAUGAUGAGCUGACUCCGAAACACCCAGGGGUCCAAUGGCAAAAGCGCGCACGCUGGGUGCAGGAUGGGAAAUUUUUGACGUCCUCGGGUGUGACGGCCGGUAUCGACGCGGGCUUUGCUUUCCUUGCUAGCACGUAUGUCGCACCGGAGGACCGCCAGGCUCACCCGGAGGCUCAAAAGGCGUCUCUACAGGGCGAUGAGACUCCUAUUCCCGGCUUUAAUAAGGAAAAGGCUUUGCGGCAUGCUCAUUUCAUUGCCUUCGGUUUGGAGUACCGCUGGCACUCGGAUCCUGCAGAUGAUCCCUUCGUGGAUUUGCCAGAACAAACGGCAGCUCGUACAUAG